GAGGAGGAAAGCAGCGUGAAGUGAACUGGCCUCGACAAACUCUUUUUUGCUCCCAAAGCCGUUUUCCUCUGGCCCGGCUGAGACUGUUGCUCUGAGAGGAGACCUCCAGACUAGAGAGAACUCCCACCUGCCCUUGGUGGCCGAGUGCUGCACCGCCACAGCUGCUCUGAAGUUCCCCCCAUGAAUCCCCAGAAGAAGGUGGACCUGAAACUUAUCAUCGUCGGAUCCCUUGGUGUGGGAAAGACCUCCCUCCUUCACCAAUAUGUGCACAAGACAUUUUAUGAGGAAUACCAGACCACACUGGGGGCCAGCAUCCUCUCCAAGAUUAUCAUAUUGGAUGACACAACUCUGAAGCUACAGAUCUGGGACACAGGUGGUCAAGAGCGGUUCCGCUCUGUUGUGUCCACAUUCUACAAAGGCUCCGACGGCUGUAUCCUGGCUUUCGAUGUAACAGACCUGGAGUCCUUUGAAGCCCUGGAUAUCUGGCGGGGUGACGUUCUGGCCAAGAUUGUCCCCGUGGAGCAGUCCUAUCCCAUGGUGCUGCUGGGAAACAAAAUCGAUCUGGCAGAGCGGAAGGUACCCCAGGAGGUAGCUCAAGGCUGGUGUAAAGAGAAGGAUAUUCCCUACUUUGAAGUCAGUGCCAAGAAUGACAUCAAUGUGGUGCAAGCCUUCGAGAUGCUGGCCAGUCGGGCUCUGUCGAGGGGAGGUUGCGUGCUCUUGCACACCAGCCCAGGUGUUUUGAGAGGAAGAUGUGGAAGGAGCUGCUGCAAUAAUGAGGGAGCCCGACACUGGGGCGGUGAUUGCUGGGGCUCUGAAGUCGGACAGAUCCAGCUGUAAAUCUGGACUCAACCCCUUACUCACUGUGUGUCUUUGAGCAAGUCAUGCAGCCUCCCUAAGCCACCACUUCUCUACUUUUAUCAUACAAAUAAUAAUUGUCGUGAGGGUUAAAUAAAAUAUCAUAGCACAGAGAAGGCAUCAAAUAAAAGGUAGCUGUUUUUAAAAGGGAGCUACUUUCAGCAGGGGGGCUUCAUGCUGCAGAGAGGAUGGGCUCGGUGAGUGAUUAUGAGGUUACAGCAAUAGUCUAGGCAUGAGAGGACGGAGCUGGCAAGGAGGGGAUGGAUGGAUUAAAGAGACUCGGAAGUAGAACCGCUGGGGUUGAUGGUGGCCAAAUGUAGGAGAGAAGGAAACAGGAGCAGUUUAGGUUUAUGUCCAGGUUUCUAGCUUGACAAAUGGAGAGACAAUGUAUUAGUGAUGCCAUGAGCCAAGGUAGGGAACAGAGGAGAAAGCAGGGGCUUAUGUGAAAAAGGGGUGGAGAAAUCCAUUUGGGCACAUUGCAUUCGAGGUUCCUCGAGACACCCGGUAGAAACGUGGGUUCUGCAGUGAGCUCUGGGCUAGAACUAGCAAUAUUUGAGUCACCUAGGAGGUGCUCAACUAACAUUCUAAAAGAAACGAAGGUAGGUUAUUUUAGUGUACCAAUUUGGCCACAUUCAAGGAUUAGGGUAUUUACUUAUUUUAAAAUAUGAUUAAGAAUACCCUCAUAAUUAAAGAAGAGCCACUCACCUGCUUUGGGGGAUUUGGAAUGAUGGAAUUUUGCUCUUAGAAAGUUAGCAUUACCGUCCUGCUA